CAUUAAUAACGGCUUGAGAGAAGCUUGUGUACUCCAUCCAGCGGAGUUAGUUGUUUUAGCUACCAUUUCUUUACUUAGGCAGCUAACAGUUAGCCAUAUAUCGUCAGUUGUCGGGUAAUAGCUAAUUUAGCACAGGCUAAUUGCUAGCUGUGCUAGCUACAUUGACUGAAGUCUCGGUCUGCCCGGUGAGAGUACGGUGUAGCUGGGCAGCAUCAAAUGGCCGAUCCGAGAAAAGUACCAUUCGUCACCCUCGCUACAUUCAACACUACACCAGGCACCGAAUCAAAGAAACGGCGGCGGGAGGAAGAUACAGAAAGCAGUCACCAUCAUGGGAAAGAUGGAGGGGUCGGAUCUAACGGGAAGUCUGAGGAACCGAAAGUCACUGUGCGACUGAACCUGUCAUUGUCGGAGCCUAACGAACAGGGAUCUUCAGAAUUUAACUACAGCGAGUUGAUUCACUCUCUUAAGAAUGUUCCAGUGGGCCUGACCCCAGCACUUGACCCUAAUGACCCCUUUGCAGAUGAUGUAAAAGAGAGAUUAGAAGUUGAAGCUCUUGCCAGGAAAUUUGAGAGCAAAUACGGAAAUGCAGGGAAGAAGAAGAGGAAAGACCGAGUGCAGGAUCUCAUCGAUAUCGGCUACGGUUACGAUGAGACAGACCCGUUCAUCGAUAACUCGGAGGCUUACGAUGAACUAGUUCCAGCCUCUUUAACCACUAAGCUGGGAGGAUUCUACAUUAACACAGGAACACUGCAGUUUAGAGCAGCGUCUGAUUCAGAGGGGGAGGAGGACAGAAAGGAUGGCAGCCAGUUUAAGAAACAGAAAGACGGCGAGGAGCGAGCGAUUAAGAGAAGGAGAAAAAAGCAGGAUGGCAGUGGCCUAGAGGAGAAGAAGCCCAAAAAGAUCAGAGUGCCAAAACAGGGAGUGUCUGCUUUGAAUCGGCCAGAGAAGAAGAAGAGGAAGAAGCUGAUGAAGGAUUCUCUCAGUCUGGCAGCAAUGCUUCGACGCUUUACACGCGAGAAAGAGGAGAUAAAGAAGAAGAACCUGAGCGCUGGGAUGAAGGUGGCGCGUCCCCACGGCAACGUCGGUGUGCCCCCUGGCAACAAAGCUCUGCUCAACUCCCACCCCAGCACGGCUGGCAACGACAUGUCCAUGGCAGACCUGACCCCUGACCACAUGGUCAUGUCGUUACUGGGCUCAGCCAAUGAGAGCGACAUGUUACAGGACCUGAUGGGAGAUCUGGACUUUGGGAUGCUGGAUUCUCCGCAGCCCGGCAGCCCCGGACAGGGAGAGAACGGCAGCCUAUCUGGACAGAAAAGCGGACCCGUCAGAGCCAUCAGAACCGGGCUCAUAUGUCCACCUCCUCUACCCAGUGGGCUCCCUGAGCCACUCACAAAACGCAUCGAGGACCUGAGAGCUGCGUCACGGCAGUUUGAUGAAGAGGGACGAAAGAAGUUCUUUACUCUGGAUAUGAAUAAUAUUUUACUUGAUAUUGAGUUACAGGUCCAGGAGCAGCCCCAGUUGAUACGUUCUGCGGUGUAUUCUCACAUGGAGGCGUUUGUGCCCUGUAAUAAAGAGGCUCUUCUCAAGCGGAUGAAGAAACUCAGUCUGAACAUUCAGGAUGACCGGCUGCGCACGCCGCUGCUGAAGCUAAAACUGGCCGUCUGCAACGUCAUGCCUGAACAGAUAGCCCGAUACAACAUGGACUGUCUGGCCAAGAACGCUAAACAGCAGUCAGAGGAAGGGGAGAAGAACGUUUCUGAUGAGGAAGAUGAAGAGAAGCCAGGGAAGAGGGUGAUGGGACCACGGAAGAAGUUUAUCUGGGAUGACAAGCUCAGGAAUCUGCUCUGUAACCUUGUGAAGGUGAAAUUGGGCUGCUAUGAGCUGGAGGGUCAGAAUUCCCUCUCCCCGGAGGAUUACCUUAAAGCAUUCAUGGAGACAGAAGUCAAACCACUGUGGCCCAAAGGCUGGAUGCAGGCCAGGAUGCUGUUUAAAGAGAGCCGAAUGGUCCACAGUCACCUCACAGGGAACACUGCGAAGAAAAAGAUUGUCUCCACCCCAAAACCUAAACCCAAGCCACAGGAUGCUGGGUGGGUCCAGCGGCCAGCACCUUCCAUCGAGGCCACACCGUCACCUUCGCUCGCACAGGUGGUCCGAAAACCCCCGCCGUCUCCCUCUGAACCCAUCUGUUUAUCAGACUCGCUGGAUGAGGAUCUGGGAGCUCCGUCUCUCGACUCCAUCUCUCACGCCCUCGCUCUGCUGAGCAGUGCUGCUAAAGGCCUGGUACAGGCAGACAGCCCCUCGUCUCCCGAGGGCCCCAAACCUGCCGCCGCUGGAUCCCAACACGCCUCUCCCAUCCUGCCCCAGAAAGGCUCCACCACGACACCCGGCAGCGCCUCCACCUCUCCCUACGUCCCUACCUCCUCCCACUCCAGGGCUCCAUCUGCCUCCACCUCCCUCGUGUCAACCCCGCGGAGCGAAGGACCGGGAGUGAUAAAGGGAGGGAACCCCAUAUCACAGACUCAGAGACAAUCUCUAAUGGGGGUGCAGCGGACCUCUGUUGCCGCGGGCAACAAGCUCAGCCUACCCGGUUCCCCCUCCCCACCGAAACCCCGCCCACCCCCCACAGCCUCGCCGCUCUUGCCCCCUCAGAAGGGCUUCGGUUCUCCCGGAAUAAAAGCAGUGUCGACACCGUCAGGCCCCCAUAAAAGCAGCAAUAACACACGCACCAGCACAGCAGAGAGCAGCUCUCCUGCGACACAGUCACGAACACACGUGCUCGCUUCCCCUUCGCUUCUCAACGCCAAGAACCCGCAAACCCUGCAUCUGUCCCAGUCCUCCCAGUCCAAAACCAUGACGCACGACUCCCCCGCGGCCUCUCCCUCAGUCUCUCAACCCAAACCCCAUGCACAAGCCCAUCCACACCAGCAGUCCAACUUUAUUACGCCCAUGCAUGCCACGCUCACAAAAUCUCCCCACAGCAGCAGCUCUGCCAUCCUCAAACUCACCCCCCGCACCCCUGGCCCCACCCCCCCGUCUCACCAACGCACGUCAACACUACCAAGCAUGCAGCAGCAUUCCUCCAAAAGCCCGGCCUUUCAUCCCCCUUUUUCUGGGGUGGGGGCCGGAUACAGUCCCUCCUCUCAGGUCAACACCAGCCUCACAAGCACAUCCUCCAUCUCCAAACACCCGCCUGCCAGUGCCUCGACCGCAAGCGGCUCGGCCAAUCACACGCAACGGCAGAGGCCGGCAGGCGGGUCCAGUCAGGUGGUUAAGCCAAUGGUGUCUGUUUCCACAGCGCCUGCCUCUUCGCAGCUUGCUCAGGUAUCGUCGGCCAGUAGUAGUCUCCUGUCCUCGGCCUCCCCCUCUCUGUCUCUGGGUUUUGGCAUGCUGGGAGGCCUGGUGCCAUUCCAGUUCCCCAGCCUACUGAACCUGCCCGCAGCCUCAGGCACCAUCACUGGAGCCAGCACCUCAGCCGCGAGUAGCAGCACGGGAUUCUCUCUGCCACAGAAUGUGUAUAAGGGUCUUGUGUCUGGGCCCCAGGCUGCUCUGCCUCCACACUUACAACUGGCUUUCUCAGAUGUCAAUCAAAGCCAGGGUGGGGAUUUGAAGAGGAAGUCCCUCUAAUGGAGAAACUCAGAUGAAUAUUAAGGCUCUUACACAGGAAUCCUGGGUGUUGUUUUUU